CAUACCUCGCCAUGAAUAUUGUGAUCAUAUCAUGAGCAAUAACAUGAAAAAAACAGUGAAGAGUUGCCAGUGGUUAUAGUUUAAAACUGGAUGCUGAUCUCUCACCAAGGCUAGGUGGAUUUCAAAGCUCAUUUUAAAGGUUUUAGUUACACCGGUCAACAUGGUCAACGUCCACAAAGGUGUCCUCGUCGAAUGCGACCCAGCCAUGAAGCAGUUCCUCCUGUACCUGAGUGAGACCAACGCCCUGGGGAAGAAGUUCAUCCUCAAGGACCUGGACGACACCCAUGUGUUCAUCCUGCAGGAGGUGGUCCAGACCCUGCAGGAGAGAGUGGGCAAGCUCAUUGACCAGAACUCCUUCACCGCCACUCAGAAAUAAAAACUCAUGUUGAUCAUGUUUA